AUGCCAGGAGUCACGGAUACCCGCAAAUCCGUGCUGAUCACUGGGUGUUCUCCCGGCGGCAUUGGAAAUUCUCUUGCGCGCGAAUUCCAUCGGAAUGGAUUGCGCGUGAUUGCCACGGCCCGAGAAGCGGCGACCAUCGCCGACCUGGCCGAGCUCGGGAUCGAGACCUUGAGUCUGGUCGUCGAUGAGCCGGAGAGUGUCAAGGCUUGUUUCGCGGAUGUCGAAUCCAGACUGGGGGAUAAAGGGCUGGAUUACCUGGUGAAUAAUGCAGGCCGGAAUUAUACCGUCCCGGCCAUGGAAGUCGAGAUCCCCGAGGCUCGCAAGACGUUUGAGACGAACUUCUUUUCUGUCAUUACCAUGUGCCAGACAUUCCUGCCGCUCUUGAUCAAGGCCAAGGGAACUAUCGUGCAAGUUGGAUCUGUGGCUGGUAUCAUCCCCUACGUGUUUGGAUCUGUCUACAACGCGUCCAAGGCCGCCCUGCACUCGUUUAGUGAUACCCUACGAGUCGAGCUGGCUCCAUUCGGGGUCAACGUCACUACGAUCGUUACCGGCGGCGUGCAAUCCCGGAUCGCGCGAACCCAGCGCACGCUGCAGCCAAAUUCGCUGUACUUGCCCAUUGAAGAGGAGUACAUGCGACGUGUCACACACAGCCAGCAUAACGCGAUGCCAAAUGAGAACUACGCGCGCAGCGUGGUGGCUCAAGUGCUGUACGGGUCUGCUCCCUGGCGCUGGCUGUGGCCCUGGGCCCAGGGCCGCAAGACCUGGAUCUGGGAGGGACACCGGAGCUGGCUCAUCUGGUUCUUGUCGGGCGGCUGGGCGUGGUCUGGCCUGUUUGGCCGGAUCAUGACGAAGAUGUUUAAGCUGUGGAAGAUCAAAGCCUCGGGCCGAUGA